UCGGGAAGUGGACGAUGUCCCCGUGGGAGCUGAGCGGGCCGUCGACGGCGCUGCUGAGCCUGGGGCUGCUGACCCUAGGGCUGCUGGUCGGGCUGGCCGGGCUGGCCGGACUGGCCCGCCACCUGUGGGCCCUGCGCUGGAGCCUCAGCCGAGACCCCUCCUGCCCGCUGCCCCUGCCCCCCGGAUCCAUGGGCUGGCCCUUUCUCGGGGAGACGCUGCACUGGUUGCUUCAGGGCUCCCGCUACCACAGCUCCCGGCGCCAGCGCUACGGGCCGGUCUUCAAGACGCACCUGUUGGGGCGGCCGGUGAUCCGGGUAAGCGGCGCCCAGCACGUGCGCACCAUCCUGCUGGGCGAGCACCGCCUGGUCCGCAGCCACUGGCCCGACAGCGCGCGCAUCCUGCUCGGCCCGCACACCCUCCUCGGCGCCGUCGGGGAGCCGCACCGCCAGCGCCGCAGGGUCCUGUCGCAGGUGUUCAGCCGAUCGGCUCUGGAGAGCUACCUGCCGCCCAUCCAGGCGGCCCUGCGGCGGGAGCUCCGCGGCUGGUGCGGGGCGGCGGGGCCCGUGGCCGUGUUUGCCGCCACCAAAGCGCUGACCUUCCGCAUCGCUGCACGGAUCCUGCUGGGGCUGCGGUUGGAGGAGCGGCGCUGCGCAGAGCUGGCCCGCACCUUCGAGCAGCUGGUGGAAAAUCUCUUCUCGCUGCCGCUGGACUUGCCCUUCAGUGGGCUGCGCAAGGGCAUCCGUGCACGGGAUCGGCUGCACGAGCACAUGGAGGCGGUCAUUGCCGAGAAGCUGCGGGCAGGGCCGGGCUCCGGGCCAGGUCCCAACGAUGCGCUGGACUUGAUCAUCGUCAGUGCUCGGGAGCAGGGCCGGGAGGUCACCAUGCAGGAGCUCAAGGAAUCGGCGGUGGAGCUGAUGUUCGCGGCCUUCUUCACCACAGCCAGUGCCAGCACGUCUCUGGUCCUGCUUCUGCUGCAGCACCCGGCUGCCGUGAGCAGGAUCCGGCAGGAGCUGAGCGCCCACCAGCUGGGUGGCAGGUGCUCCUGCCCCUGCCCGGAUCCCCCCGGGGACGGGCGAGCCCGGCGGGGCGGCCGGCCGCAGACGGACCCCGGCGACUCCGGGGCCUGCCCCCGGCUGUCUGAGGCAAGCCCGGGCCGGGGGCGGAGGGCCUCGGCGGAGACCCCUGCCCACCAAGCCGAGGAAACCGCCUGCCGCUGCCCUCCUGACCUGAGCCUGGACCAGCUGGGCCGCCUGCGCUACUUGGACUGGGUGGUCAAGGAGGUGCUGCGUCUGCUGCCCCCCGUGUCCGGCGGCUACCGCACCGCACUGCGGACCUUCGAACUGGACGGCUAUCAGGUCCCGCAGGGCUGGAGCGUAAUGUACAGCAUCCGGGACACGCACGAGACAGCCGCCGUGUACCGCAGCCCCCCGGACGGCUUCGACCCGGAGCGGUUCGGCCCACGCGCGCCUGAGGGAGGCCGGGGCCCCGGCCGCUUCCACUACAUCCCGUUCGGCGGUGGCGUGCGGAGCUGCCUGGGCCAGGAGCUGGCCCGCACCGUGCUCAAGCUGCUGGCCGUCGAGCUGGUGCGCACGGCGCGCUGGGAGCUGGCCACGCCCGCAUUCCCGGACAUGCACACCAUCCCCAUCGUCCACCCGGUGGAUGGGCUGAGGCUGCUCUUCCACCGCCUGCCGCCCGACCCCGCCGCUGACCCUGCGGCCCCGCGCUCCUGACCCACCCACCGGGACCUGCCGGGCCGCAAGGACCUGCCGGGCUGGACCCGCUGACCGCCCAGGCCCUGAACAACUGGCCGUUGGAAACCCUGCCUUGGGGGCAGAUUUCCCUGCGCCCUCGGCCAAGUCUCUAGAGCCAGAAAAGCUUAAGGGGCCGGGGGAUCGAGGGGUUAGGGGUCCCGAUCCCAUUCGGGGCCUGGGUUUGUCGGUGGGGAAGGGCCCGGCCCCGGUCUGGCACGAGCCCCGGAGGGUCAGGGCUGGCCAGAGGAACUCCGAGUAGCCUGCAGUAAGUUAAAAGGCCGCAACGUUAAUACUAAUACUAGUAAUAAUGGCAUUUGUUAAGCGCUUACUAUGUGCCAGCCCUGUUUUGAGCGCUGGAGUAGAUACAAGGUAAUCAGGUGGUCCCACGUGGGGCUCAGAGGGCACAGCCAGGGGUCCCAACGGCAGGGAGGAGCCGGGGAAUUGGGGGGAACCUAUGGGCCACCCCUUGGGACACAACCGCUACUGGAGGUGGGGGCCGUCUCCCUGCACUGAGACCCACUUCCUCCGCCACUGCUGCUGCUCUACUUUUUUUUUGCCCAUUGGCAUGCAAGGGGCCCAGCCUGGGUCCCUGUGCUCCGCUGCCCUUGGGCACCACCUCCCUCACCCCCCAGAGCCCUCCCUCUGAGACGAGACUGACGGGGUCCCGAUCCAUCCCUGUGGGGCUCCGGGAAUAAGGAUUUCCUGGAGCCACCCGGUCGCCCCGCAACCCCUGAGCUGAGUCCAAGCGCAGGGAAUUUAUCUCCUGAUUUUCUCUGGGGUUGAGGCCGAGGCCUUGGGGCCAGGAUGUCAGACCUCACCAGUCUUGUCCACCCAUCUCUGCCCUCAGCCCCACCCACCCCUACCUUCUACCCUGAGCAUUUCUGACCCCAACCCUGCCCACCCCUACCUCCUGGCUGGCCCAGGCCUGCCCUGCUCAGCCCCACCCUUACCUGCCCUGCCCCGUCUGACCCAGCCUUGCUCUGUUGUGCCCAGCCUUGGCCUGCCCUACUCUACUCACCACUGCCCACCUCUCUCCUGCCCUGCUCUACUCAGCCCUGCCCACCCCUGUCCUGCCCUGCCCUCUCCUACCCCGCCCUUUCCAGCCCUGUCCUGCUCCUGGAUACUUCUUUGGCUCUGAAGGGACACCCCCAGUUUUACCCAACUCACCCUGUUGUUGUACCAGGACCUGGUGCUCCUCCAGCCUAGAUGGCUUUAGUCGCCUCGCUCCCGCCUGUCCCUCCCUGAAGCCUUUUCCCCAGUAUCCGGGACACCUGGUGCAUGACAGGCCUGGCCUGGCCCGGCCCAGCGACCUCUCCCUCAGUGGGGUCCCACCUCCAGCCCUGGAAGCAGUUUGCCAAGCCCAAGGGCCAAGUGUUUUGGAGUUGGGAUGCCCCGGGGCCCAAGCCAUGGCGAGGUUCAUGCUUCAAAUAUUAAAAUCUAUUUUCUGACCUCC